AUGAACCCCCGGUCUCGAUGUGGUGCCUGUGUAGUCUUAAAUAGAGGAUGUCAUCCACAGUGCAUUUUUGCUCCUUAUUUUCGUUGUGAGGGUGGUACUGCUCAUUUUGCUACCGUUCGUGAAGUUUAUACUAUCAGAAAUGUCGUCAACCUCUUGACUCCGCUUUCUGUAAAUGACCGAUUUUGGGCUUCUGAUACACUUCUCUUUGAAGCUCAAGCCCGGCUUCAGGAUCCUGUUAGUGAGCUGCAAGCCUAUCGAGCUUAUUUGCAAGAUUCACUAUUCGCAUAUUAUUCUUCGCAUCCCCAACUUGUUCCUCCAUUUGAUCCAAAUUUCAACUGGAGCUCUAGUCCUCCCACCAUCCCAGAGGCUACUCUACCUCACCCUGGUGAAACGAGCAACAGCCAGAUGCCGCUCUCGGAUGACCUUGAUGAGCUAGGUCCAGUCAUCUUUGGCCACCGCCGAUGUCCUUGA